ACGUAAUUCACUUCCUCUUCCUACCUCAAGCUUUCGAAGAUCUCAAACAUGGCGGCUGCCUCCUCCACUACUUUCUCUUCACCUUCUCCAUUCCAUUCCUCAACCAAAUCUCGCAUACCCGUUCUCAAAGUUCCCAUCUCCUUCUCUGUUAAACAUGGAAAUACCUCUCUUUCUCGCCCCCUCUACAUAACCAACUCCAUCCCCAAAGCCGCCGUGGCCACCACCAUCACUGAUGCCCCAACUGAUUCUCCUCCCAGAUUCGCGCCUGAUGAGCCACGAAAGGGAGCCGACAUACUCGUCGAAGCGCUGGAGCGUCAGGGAGUCACCAAUGUCUUCGCCUAUCCAGGCGGCGCGUCGAUGGAGAUCCACCAAGCUCUCACGCGAUCUACCAUCAUCCGGAAUGUGCUUCCUCGUCACGAACAAGGCGGUGUCUUUGCGGCUGAGGGCUAUGCCCGCUCCUCUGGUCUUCCCGGUGUCUGUAUUGCCACCUCCGGACCUGGCGCAACCAAUCUCGUGAGUGGUCUAGCCGAUGCUUUACUUGAUAGUGUACCCAUUGUUGCCAUUACCGGACAGGUCCCUCGUCGGAUGAUUGGAACCGAUGCCUUCCAAGAGACCCCGAUUGUUGAGGUAACUCGCUCAAUCACCAAACACAAUUACCUUGUUCUAGACGUAGAUGACAUUCCUAGGGUUGUGAGUGAGGCAUUUUUCCUCGCUACAACGGGUCGCCCCGGCCCGGUUUUGAUUGAUAUACCAAAAGAUAUACAGCAACAAUUAGCUUGUCCUAAUUGGAACCAGCCAAUUAAGUUGAACGGGUAUGUGUCAAGGUUACCUAAAUCCCCAGAUGAGGCACAUUUAGAGCAGAUUGUUAGGUUGAUAUCAGAAGCUAAGAAACCAGUACUAUAUGUGGGAGGUGGGUGUUUGAAUUCUGGUGAUGAAUUGAGGCAAUUUGUGAAGCUGACGGGGAUCCCUGUAGCAAAUACUUUGAUGGGUCUUGGCACAUACCCGGCUUCGGAUGAGUUAUCACUUCAGAUGCUUGGAAUGCAUGGGACUGUAUAUGCUAAUUAUGCUGUGGAUAAGAGUGAUUUGUUGCUUGCUUUUGGGGUGAGGUUUGAUGAUCGUGUAACUGGGAAGCUUGAGACCUUUGCAAGCCGUGCAAAGAUUGUUCACAUCGAUAUUGAUUCAGCGGAGAUUGGAAAGAAUAAACAGCCUCACAUUUCAGUUUGUGGAGAUGUGAAGUUGGCAUUGAAAGGAAUGAAUAGGGUGUUGGAGGGCAAAGGAAGUAAGCUUGGUCUUGACUUCUCAGCUUGGAGGGAGGAGUUGGAUCAGCAAAAAGUGAAAUAUCCCUUGAGUUACAAGACAUUUGGGGAUGCAAUCCCUCCUCAGUAUGCAAUCCAGGUUCUUGAUGAAUUAACUGGUGGGAAUGCUAUUAUAAGUACCGGUGUCGGGCAGCAUCAAAUGUGGGCUGCUCAGUAUUACAAAUAUAAACGCCCACGCCAGUGGUUGACAUCAGGAGGGUUAGGGGCUAUGGGUUUUGGACUACCUGCUGCCAUUGGAGCUGCAGUUGCAAAUCCCGGUGCAAUUGUUGUAGACAUUGAUGGUGAUGGAAGUUUUAUCAUGAAUGUUCAGGAGUUAGCCACCAUCCGCGUGGAGAAUCUUCCCGUUAAGAUAAUGCUGUUAAACAAUCAGCAUUUAGGCAUGGUUGUGCAAUGGGAGGAUCGCUUCUACAAGGCUAACAGGGCUCAUACUUAUCUUGGAAACCCAGAGAAAGAGACCGAGAUUUUCCCCAACAUGUUGAAGUUUGCGGAAGCUUGUGGAAUACCGGCUGCUCGUGUGACAAGGAAGGAUGAUCUUAGAGCAGCAAUUCAAACAAUGUUGGAUACUCCUGGACCAUUCUUAUUGGAUGUGAUUGUUCCUCAUCAAGAACAUGUCUUGCCUAUGAUCCCAAGUGGUGGAGGUUUCGACGAUAUUAUUAUGGAAGGUGAUGGAAGAACAAAGAAGUGAUUUUCCUGGGAACACAAUUAUGCUGUCAGUUUAGUACCAUAUAUGUGGGUUUUGAAAAUUUUCUAGUUUACUGAUGAGUUUUUAGCUGUAGUAAUGUGUUUUUACAAGUUCUAAUAUGUCUGUUAGAAGUUCAGUAUAUCAGCUUGCCUUUUUCUUACCUGUAUGAUAUAAACCUUGUACUUAGGAAUCAUGGAUGCUUUUCCCUUGUUCCAUGUAUUUGAUUUGUCAGAUCAAAGGUUAAGAAGUGCAAA